UCCCUCGAGCUACGGAUGCUCAUCUCCGCGCGUGCGUGUGUAGGAGUGCCGUGACGUGACUGUUUUCCCUCCCAUAUUCCCAGUGUCGUCUCAUAAGCAUAACGGAUUUGGAAAACAUCACCAUCACAAGUGCAUCGAUCACUGAAUGGAAAGUGGUUUAUUAGAUGCGAGUGGGCGCGUGCAUCGGCAACAUAUUCUUGGGUGAACGCUCGAGAAGGGAAAAUCAGAAAUACGUGCGAUCUUAGCUCGCACUGUUGAAUAAAACGCCUUCCCAUUCAGCACCAUCUUUUCGCUUGAAGGGCGCUCUGCUCUGCUCGACCUCGAUCCGCUCUGAAAUGAAUAUGGUCAAAUAAUGGAGGAUGCAGUUACCAGGCCUCAUAAACCUGUAUUCCUUAUUAAUUUCGAGCAGCAAAUGAGAGGUUUUUAAAUAUUAAAGUUUGACGUUGGUGAUCUGAAAAAAGAAUCUCCAUGGCAGAAAAUAAUUUCCCUCCUCUUCCACGGUUCAUUCCACUGAAACCAUGUUUUUACCAAGACUUCAACGAGAUCCCAGACCACCAGCGUACAUUGUGCAAACGACUGUAUUACCUAUGGAUAUUGAAUAGUGCCACCCUAGCAGUGAACCUGAUUGGCUGUCUAGCAUGGAUGUGCGGAGGGGGCGGGGCAACCAAUUUUGGGAUGGCCAUUCUGUGGCUGAUACUGUUUACCCCAUGCUCAUAUGUGUGCUGGUUUAGGCCCAUCUACAAGGCCUUCAAGACGGACAGUUCUUUCAACUUCAUGGCGUUCUUUUUUGUCUUCAUGGCGCAAGUGGUAAUUAGUAUCAUCCAGAGUGUUGGAAUCCCAGGAUGGGGAGUGUGUGGCUGGCUGGCCACCAUCACUUUUUUCAGCACUAAUAUUGGCUCUGCUGUUGUUAUGCUGAUUCCAACCAUAAUGUUCACUGCUGUGGCUGCUCUCUCAUUCAUUGCGCUCACCAAGGUUCACAACUUGUACCGUGGCAGCGGGGGCAGCAUGAGCAAGGCUCAGGAAGAAUGGACCACCGGCGCUUGGAAGAACCCUCACGUCCAACAGGCAGCACAGCAGGCAGCUAUGGGGGCUGCACAGGGGGCCAUGCAGGGUCAACAGUACUCGGCUGCCCCAACUUACAACUAUGAUGAGCCAAUGUAGAUCCUUUUCAGCCACAAUGGGGGGAGGGGACAGAAACAGGGUAUUUGGAGGGGGCGUUCCAGAGGGAUAAAGUCAGUGGUUGAAAUGGGGGAAGGGAGAAAGGAAAGAUAUAAGACCAUUUGAAUUCAAACAAGUUUCCACCAGUACAACAAUACAUAAGCUUUUACUUAAACUGUUUUACAAGUGUGUGAUAGUUUAAGGAGUUGCUUUCGGUAUUUAGAACCCCUCAAUAGGAAAAUAUCAGUCUUGCCAUGUGGUAUUACGGCAGAUUUAAUGUAGUGUUUCAAACAUGGCUGAACUAGACCACCAGUAAGGAAACAUUCCAACGCUCACUAUGUUUCUAUAGUAACUAGAUUCUCAGAUUCGUCAGUGUGGCAUUUGCAAGCCAGUUCUAUGUUUUGUUUGGCUGUUAGUAUUCAAGAACACAUUUCCACUAUUUAGCAAACGCAUCUUUACUCUCACAUCUUACAAAUAAACGUACGUUUUAUGCACAAAGAGUAGAAAUGAUCAGCUUUUGGAAGUAAAUUGACUGGUAUUUACUUGAUCCUGCAGUUGAAAAAGUAUAAACCCAGUUAACAGGGAACGUUCUGAGAACUUUGGUAAUGUUCUCUCAAAGUUAUAAACAAACGUUCUAGUAACGUUCAAUGUUCGUUCAAAGUUAUCUGGUCUUUAAUAAUGUUCUCGAAUGUUAGCACAGUGUUAUUCAUACACCAUUCAUGGAACGUUUUUCUUCUAAAACGUUUUAGUUGGACAUUCGUCUAACGUUUUUUAAACAUUACUACUUGUUUCAGAAUGUUCAGGGAACACAUUCCCAUAAUGUUUGCAAAAUGUUCCGUUUUGUCUAACUAAGAAACGUUUUUUAAAACAUUUAAAAAACUAAAUUUUGAACAUUCAGAGA